AUGAUAACGAAAGAAGAUAGAGAAGAAUUUAUGGAAAAUCCAGAAAAAGUAUCAUCUGAUAACGAGCUCUUCUCGCCUCUUCUGAAACAAAUUGAUAAUGUCGUCAUUCAGAAUUUGGAAUACCCAUGGAAAGGUGUGGAGGAUACGAAACCGACAGAGUUGGAGUACGAACUUUUCUGUGGUGCUUUGGAAUCGUUUUUGUCCAAACCACUCACUGAACUUGUUGACGACUGGACAAUUUCUAUGGAAACUAUCUUACCAACCAUACGAAGCAGUAUACGAAUUUAUACCAAAGCUGCAUCCUGUGAAGAAAAGGUACACGAAAUGGAUGUUGAAUUAGCGAGAUGGGUUGAAUUUGGACUUAACUCAUGUCAUUCCACAUCGAAUGCGGGAAACAAUCAGAUAGUUAUGAUUGGUUGCAGUCUAACCAAACAGCUGUCAGCUAUGCAUGAAAAAGAUCUGGGCGUGACAUUUUCCGCUCCCCAAUAUCUGCAUUAUAUUAUGGAUAUUAUAUCCUCUAAGCAAUAUAGUUCAUCAAUGAGAUGCGAAGCUGCGCAAGCAUUGCUAGAUAUUCUUUUUCAUCCGCUGACAUCUUGGAAAUUCAUGGUGACUGAAAUUGAAGGAAAUAAAUACACACCGUACGAGCAAGUCGUACAUCUUUUCAUGAAAUCAGAGGAUGUUCCAUUAGAUUUGUUAACAGUGCUUCAAAAAAUUGCAAGUUAUUUUGCAUUUAAAUACAAUACUGAUGUUGUAAUCAACCAUGCACGAAGGUUUUUUAUGGAGAAAGAUUGUGACAUUGAUAUUGAUACUCCUCAGCUGUUCUCAUCCUUAAACUUUUUGAACAAUUUUUUUUCAAAAAUAAGAAAUGACUUCAGUUAUAUGUCAUGCGCUGCACAUCGAGCCAUUGUGAAAAAUUAUUUAAUUCCCAAUAUCUGUGCACAUGCUGCAUCAUCUAGUCAGGAUGUGAGAAUACGAUAUUUAGCAGUUCGUUGUCUCCGAUUAUUAUGCGAUUUCGAUGGCACUGAUAUCACUAGAGCGGUUUUUCUCUCACACAUGGGCACGCAAACAAUAUCAUUAGUUGGAAGAUUAUUACAGCAAGUAUCGGAAGAUAGCAAAGAAGCAUCACUGUUGCCUUAUGCAUUACGAGCAAUCGUAUUAAUUGAUCUGCUUGCUGCUGCUGAUGAGAAGUGUAUUUCUGUGGUCAAUGCACCUGAGCGUAUAGCUGUUUUGCAAAAUAUGUUACAUAUGUUAUUAGUCGAAGAAGGCCGUCUUGCGAUGAUUUGCGCGCUAUCAUUUGGAGAUAAUCUCAAACAUCUGUUACAUAUGUGUGAUAUUCAAAAGUCAGUGUUAACACUCGAAGGACAUACCGAUGAUGACAUCAAAACGCGCUUCAGACAAACUGCUACUUAUGGAUAUUUAUGUGAAAUUCUCUUUGCAUUAGCACGAAAUCAGUCUAGUGGAACAUUCUGGAGAAAGUACGGUCCAGAAAUCAAUAAACUAAUCGAUUGUAACCUCAUCUCAGCUGCAACAUCGCUGAAACAAUGGUUUGAACCAUUUCGAGAGGAAUUAGCGCUUGGCAAGAAUAUAAAUACGUUAAAUUUUCUCACAAUGAGGUUAACUUAUCACAAUGAUAAAUAUGUGGAGGGUGAUCCACCGCUAGCAUUAGUUACUCUAUUACGUCUAAUUGAUGCAAUCUUGGAUGAGGCAGAAAAUGCAACAUUAUUUGAUGUUUCAUCCGACGAAAUUCGUUUUGAUUACUACGCAAGAUUUUAUGAAAAUGGUGGAUUAGAGAAAAUUACAAGCGUGUUAAAUAUAGCAAACGCUCAACAAAGUAAACGAAUACAUUAUCGAUGUACCGCACUUACCGGUGAUUCGUGCAUUUAUUGCCAGUUUGUUCGUUCAGCAGUAAGUAUUAUCUACAAGUUAUUGUCAUCCUUGCGAGCUAUCAAUCACAAUCCUGAUAAGCUGAUUGUGGAUACCUUGUUGGAGACAUACACACUCUGUUGCAUGGAUGAAGCUUCAAGCGAUCGCAUAGUCAGAGAAAUCAUUAUAAAUUCAUUUGCUUUAUUUAUUUUUCCAACCACAUCAAAUCGACGGAGAAUACGGAAAACUGGCCAGCAGUCAUUUUUGGAGCUUUUUCUGAAUUCUGGGUUUGAGAAGCCUCCAAAUUUCUUCGCUACAUUGGACAUUUUGCUGCAAUUAUUUCCUUUUCGAUCGGGUUUAUUGGCAAACAUUGUUGGGAUUAAUGUGCAGGAGUUAAUUUCAAUGGAGAAAUUAUGGAGCAGUCGUAUUUUAGAGAAUGGAAAACAACUACAAUUUGCAAUUAUGUUAGGCAUCUCGUCUUCGCAGCGAUUGAAACGACGUUUAUUCGAUCUGUUUAAACGUUUGGCAUGUUGUUCUGAAAAUAAUGCAUUACGCUUAGUUGAUAUUCUCAUAAAACAAAGCUUACGAAUGUUAACAUCUUCGGCACAUACAGCUAUUGUUGAUGCUUUCGACGAAGAUAUUGUGGAGGAAGAAUCAAAUGUUCGCUUUGGCAAUGCCGUUGAUCAUGUCACGGCUUCGUUUUAUGCGUUCUUAGUCAUCUGUUCCAGAGAAUUUGUGCUUCGAAAUGCUAUGGUUAUCAUAGUUUCCCAGCGAAAAAGUUAUAUUCCUUCCUUGCUGAAGUUCUUCAAACUAGCCAGUCCAAAAACUUUACCUCACGUAUCGUUCCAAAAGCACGUCGUUAAAUUUUUUCAUAACCUUUGCGUUGCUGACAGUAACGUUGAUGGAAAAAUCGAUUGUUUGCCUCGUGAUAUCUAUAUCAGAAUAUGUGACAGUCUUGUAGAACAUUUUGGAAAUAUGCAGCAUAAUAUAGAAACGAUGAUGCUGGCACUAGAAAGCAUUUGCAGCAUAGGACGUUCCUCAGCAUUUGGUUGUGCUGUAGUUAGCAAUGCUGUGAUUAAUAACGAAGGUGCUUUGUUGCAUUUCAUGGAUCGUUUUUUGAUGGGAGAACCAGUCAGUAAACUACUUUUUGAGGUGGCAACUCAUCUCAUCAAUCUUUUCGAAAACAUUUUAAAAAAGGAUUCAGUUAAGUUUGUUAUAAUGAAGUUGAAGUCUUCUACCGAUUCCGAAGAACAACAUCCUUUAGUGCGGCUAAAAAAUCAUUUGGCAGAGUCGGGUUGCUCAAAAGAUAUGCUGCUGAGUUUGCAAAAAAUGCUAAAUUCUUCCACCCAAGCAGAACCUAUUGAGGCAGUACCAGAAGACUUGGAAACUUACGAAUGGCCUGAAAAUGUGACUAUCGUGCAGCAAGUUGAUAGCCGACAAAUAAAUUAUCAUGUAAAAGACUUGUUCAGUUUAGAUAAUGAAGAUUUUCAUAAUAGUGCUACGCUUUCUACCGUCGAUUUAAAUAUGCUCAAUGAAGAAUUUUUCCCAGAGAUUGCACUACUUUCUGCGAAGAAGUCGGCAUCUCCAGUUCAGCUACAGAGUAUAAAUUCAGUCCAAAAAUGGAAGACGUUUAAUUUCGAAGGCCCGAAAAGGAAACGUCCAUAUACGACCAAGAAAAUUCCAAUGAGACCAAAAAUACGUCGCCAUUAA